AAUAUUAACCCCCCUUCGUCCCCUACGUUUCGAAAACGGAUGAAUAGAAACCGAAAGUUGUAGCGCAACCAAAUAGCAAUCAUACACUGCUAUUAUAACCCAGUGUAGCGCAGACUACAGUAAUAGUAGCAGAUUCCGCUACAGCAACCUAUGAAAUACUUUGAUUACAAGGACAUACAAUGACUGGCACGGAUGACAACAACCUCAUCUGGCUGAUAAGCCAAUGUUUUCGCAACACAUUGCGACGGCUGAUCCACAUCGUGCCUGUUUUAGACCACAUUACUUUCUUGGCGAGGGAGCAGAAAGAACGGAUCAUUAACAAGGCACGAAACGACUGCAAUCAAACUGCAGUGGAUCUCCUUAUUGACACCAUUGCGGCGGGUCCCCCUCGUCAGCCCGGGUGGUCGCGGGAGUUUGUGAAUGCGCUCUCGUUCGCGGGGUGCACGUACGCGGCUCAGAUAGUGGACACGGAGAAGUUGCCCAGUCCGUCGGUGGAGGCGGAGAACGACUGCUGUGUCCAGCUGAUCGAAAUUAUGAGCCCGAGCCUGAUGGGGAUGAAGACGACAGAUGUGUGUGACACCUGUUACCAAAGCAAACUCAUCACGGAACUGGACAGGCAGAACAUCUCGGCCGAGACAGCCAAUAAAGGCUCCAUGGCUGGCGCUCGCCUCCUCCUCCACAGAGUCGUCCUUCAGCCUCCGGGGUGGUUCUCCGACUUCCUCGAGGUGCUGAAGAAGACGGAGCACGCUGAUUUGGUCGCGGAACUCACCGGAACCAAGCCCGGGCAGGGUGGUGAUGGAUCUCCACCCGAGAGUAGCAGCUCUGACGAGAGCACAGCAGAGCAGGAGGAACAGAAGGAGGAGGAGAGAGAUGGGGAGGGAGAGAGGAAGGACCCAGGAGAAGAGGAGCGGAAGGAGGAGGAGAGAGAUGGGGAGGGAGAGAGGAAGGACCCAGGAGAGGAGGAGCGUAGAGAGGAGGUGCAGAGAGAGGAGCGGAGAGAGGAGGUGCAGAAGGAGGAGGUGCAGAAGGAGGAGCAGGAGGAGGUGCAGCAGAGAGGGGCUCUGCGCACAGAGGAUGGAGACAAUGUAAACGAUGCAGACCUCUACGGUGAUAGUGACAAGCUGGAGGAUCACUUAACUGAAAAAGAAAGCUCAGUCGCUCCUGCGGCGUGCGUAGCUGCAAAGGCCAGCCUGAUGCUGCGGCCGUACCAGCUGGAGGUGGCCCAGCCUGCGCUGCGGGGCGAGAACAGCGUCGUGUGUCUGCCCACGGGCAGCGGCAAGACCUGCGUGGCCGUCUACGUGGUCAAGCAGCACCUGGACCACCUCCGCCAGCAGGGGGCGCCAGGCAAGACCGUGGUCAUCGUCAACAAGGUGGUGCUGGUGGAGCAGCACUAUGUGGAGUUCAGCAAGUACCUGAAGGAGGACUACCGUCUGGAGCAGGUGAGCGGAGACUCGCCCAAUAAGCAGGCCUUCGGCCACGCCCUCACAGGACAUGACAUCAUCAUCUGCACCGCUCAGAUCCUGCUCAACGCUCUGCUCGACACCGAGGAUGGAAUCAGCUUCUCUGACAUCUCUCUGCUGGUGGUGGAUGAGUGCCACCACACUAAUAAGGGGGACGUGUAUCAGCAGAUCAUGGUGCUCUACCUGAGCCACAAGGAGAGCAACAGGAAGAAGAGGAAGAUGGGCGGCGACGAUGUCAUGCCCCUCCCCCAGAUCCUGGGAUUGACAGCUUCUCCUGGAGUGGGGAAAGCCAAAAAUAGGGACAAAGCACAGAAGCACAUUAUCAAAAUCUGUGCUAACCUGGAUGCAUCUGUCAUCAUGACUGCUCCUUUGGGGGAACACAGCCAAAACAGAGACAAGGAGCCUAUCAUGGCCAAGAGACGUGCACAGGAUCCGUUUGGUGAUGUCAUUCAGCAUGUGAUGAAGAGUAUUCAGGAGCAUGCCCAGUUGGUGCCCACCGUGGAGACCGGGACGCAACGCUAUGAGCAGUGGGUGGUGGAGCAGGAGAAGCAAGCCGCCAAGGAGGGGAAUCAGCGGAGGCGUGCGUGUGCGGAGCACCUCCGUCAGUACAACGAGGCGCUGGUUCUGAGCAACUCCAUCCGCAUGUGCGACGCGUACGGCCUGCUGUCCUCCUUCUACCAGCAGGAGCACAGGAGGAAAGAGGGCAUCACCCAGACAGACACCGACCACUUCCUCUUUACGCUCUUCGAUGACAGCCAGAGGAAGCUGGAAGAUUUCUCGAAGCAGUCGGAGUACGAGAACAACGUUCUGUCGGAGCUGCGCACGGUCCUCCUGAAGAAGUUCUCUGGGCCGGACGAGGAGGUGCGGGGCAUCAUCUUCACGGAGACGCGGCUCAGUGCCCAGGCCCUGCACAGCUGGGUCCAGCAGAACAGCAAGUUUGCGGACGUGGAGGUGCGGUCCGCUUACCUGAUUGGUGCAGGAGACCAGAGCGCUGUCAAGCCCAUGACUGCCAGUGAGCAGAGGGACGUGAUCAGGAAGUUCAACAGCGGAGAGGUCAACCUGCUCAUCGCCACCACCGUGGCCGAGGAGGGCCUGGACAUCCAGAAGUGCAACAUCGUCAUCAGAUACUGCCUGGUCACCAGUGAGAUCGCCAUGAUUCAGGCGAGAGGGCGUGGGCGUGCCGAUGGCAGCAGCUACAUUGUGAUUGGUGUAGAGGGCUCAGGAGUGAUUGAGCGGGAGCGACUCAACGAAUGGAAAGAGAACCUGAUGGAGAAGGCCAUCCAGGGCGUCCAGCAGAUGGAUAAAGCAAAGUAUAAAGAGAAGGUGUUGGGUGAUCAGCUGGAGGCGUUGAUGGAGAAGAAGCUUCGUCAGAGGAAGAGUGACGAGAAAGUGAGGAAGACACUGCCCCCCUCGUCCGUCAAGUUCCGUUGCCGUGGCUGCGAUGUGGUGGCGUGUGAGGGCGUGGACAUUGAGGUCAUCGAGGACGCACAUCAUGUCAACCUCACGGAGGCCUUUCGGUCCAAAUUUAACAUCAAUGCCAACGCAUCUCUGGGAGAGAUGACAGCGCACUGCGAGGCUGAGAAGUUUAUGUCCUGCAAGAAAUGUGGAGAGUUCUGGGGUCCGGAGAUGUGCCACCGGCUGCUGAAGUGCCCGUGCCUGAGCAUCCGCAGCUUCGUGGUGAUGCAGGGCGAGCGGCGGGACACGCUGGACUCCUGGACAGACCUGCCCGUCCAGUUCCCAGAGUUCAACUACUGCGCCCACGCCGAAGACUUCAUGUACGGGGAGGCAGAGGACAUCUGAGUGUGUGUGUGUGUGUGUGUGUGCGACACUGUGCGUGCAUGUGUGUGUGAUGCAAUCGUAGAUGAGAUUUUCAAUCAAUAUUUAUACACAAAUCUGUGUGAAGCCACGUCGUUAUUCUCAUGUUGGUCUUAGAGUGUAGUUUCAGUCUCACUUCUCCUGCGGUCUCUGCAGCUCAAUUUAUAUUAUAGCCAAGUAAAGAAGAGAUUUAUCUUCGUUUUAGUUUUUUAACUGUGCUGUUUGAUAGAUCUAAUCUAUCAGUUUGUAUGAAAGUGCAAUAAUAAAUGUUUGCUUGGUUGAGGACAGUGUGUGUGCGUGCAUGCGCGCAUGCGUGCGUGUGUGUGUGUGUGUGUGUGUGUGUGUGUGUGUGUGUGUGUGUGUGUGUGUGUGUGUGUGUGUGUGUGUGUGUGUGUGUGUGUGUGUACAGUAUGUGACAUACCAUGACAUAGAAAAGGUUCCUCCAGGGCUGUCUAGAGCUGCCACUGUGGACCACUGUUUAUGUCUGAUAAGCCAGAAAAUGCACUUGUGUUCACUGCACCAUGUGCCAUGUGAACAUGCAUACAUUCUGAAAGACUUGUUUGAGGAUGUCAUUAGGACUUACUAUGGACACGUUUGCUGCUUUGGUUCGUUGUUGUUGUUGUUGUUGUUGUGCUAUCCCAAGUAAUGUUAAGGCUUGGCUGUUGAUUGGCCCCUGUGGUAAAUACCCUACAAGGCAACCAACACUUCUGCUGUGUACAUUUGAAAUUGAACAUUAGCGUGUUUUUUCAAGUCAAGAAACGUUCUUUAUUUUUGAACGGAGCAUCUUCACUUUCCUGUAUGAAUAAAGGCAAAAAAUGUACUUGAAAAAAAUAUAUGAGCAGGCUAAGAUUAGUCUGCAUACCUGCAUACUGUUUUUAUAUAACAUGAUUAAAUAGAAUAGGGUAUGCUAGGCUUUUAUUUGUGAAGUUGAACAGAGAUGUUCAGUAAAGGCUGAGGCUUUUUGAAAGCGUCUUAAAGACAUCGCCGUCUCAAUCAUCACUGCUUUUGUCUCAGAGCACAAUAUGCUGUGUGGAGAAUUAUUGCUGUUGUCUAAAGUUAUUCACAUUAUCCUUUACUGCACUGAUGAAGUUGCUUAUUUCACCCAAAUGAUUAAAACUUCAUAUAUAUUUUUCA